GUGUGGGCAUCGUGUAGCCCAGCCACGUCACCAGCUUCUGCAUCACAGAGGAGUGGCAAGCGAGUGUCUUUCCAAUCUGUGCCAGAUGUUCAUUUCAUUGAGUUAGUCAGGGAAAAAGCCCCCAAAGUGGUAUUGACUCUUGAAGACAAAGAUGAUGAUACCGACGUGGAAAUCAUGGGAUUUUCUGCAGAGGCAAAUGCAACAAAGCAGAUCGCACAGCUUACUGCCCAAGCACCUGAACUUGGCUUCGUGAACAGUGUGGCUGUUUAG